CACAAACAAACUGCAGGUUCCUGUCUUCGGUGCCCCUUAUAAUGAUCUUUCAUGUUAAAUGCUAACCAGAAAACUGGAUUCUGUUCUUCAAAACGCAUUGGACCGAUGCUUAAACGGUGAAUAUGAGGAGCGAUAUAUCCUCUCGACCUGCAUCGUAUUUAAUGUUCUAGCAGGAAGCUGCUCUUGCACUGUAUUCACCUCUGUAUGAAGAAGAAUCCACCUCUGUGUUUCCUUGUCUACUCUUGUGAAACCGGAAGAUAUUGGAUUAAUCCCUGUACCCCGAAAGCACAGAAUGUUUAAGGUCCCAUUUGAAGAUGAGAAACCCGCCUUCCAUACGAACCAGAAUUCUCCUGGUCCCUCAGAACCAUUUGUUUUGUCAGGAACUAUUCAAGUGCCAUACACUAUUAACAGGUACCUACGAGACUACCAGCGAGAGGGAGUUAAAUUUAUCUAUGACAGCUAUUUGAAGUCCAGAGGUUGCAUCCUGGGCGAUGACAUGGGCCUAGGAAAGACUAUUCAGGUUAUCAGCUGCCUGGCUGCCAUUUUGCAGAAAACAGGGACAUGGCAGGAUGUUGAAAAUAACAGGCCAGAGUUUUUGCAGUCUCAGAUGCCAUCCAAACUAUCCAAAGUUAAGAAGGUUUUCCUUAUUGUGGCUCCCUUGUCUGUGCUCUACAACUGGAAAGACGAGUUGGACACAUGGGGCCAUUUCAAAACAGUGGUUGUCCACGGUGGGAGGAAGGAGGAGGAACUGGCCCGUGCAAACAGAGGAAGAUAUGAGAUUGUCCUCACAACGUUUGAGACACUAAGACUCUGUGUAGAUGAGUUCAACAGUCUUGACUGGGCUGCUGUCAUUGUGGAUGAAGUUCACAAGCUAAAGAAUUUCAAAUCUCAGAUCACUCAAGCAAUGAAAGAGCUGAAAUGCAAAGUGCGUGUGGGACUGACUGGUACAAUCCUGCAGAACAACCUGGAGGAACUCUGGUGUGUCAUGGAUUGGGCCAACCCUGGAUGCCUCGGGUCACUGGGUAGUUUUAAGAACAGGUUCUCAGAACCUAUUGAACAGGGACAGAAACACAGUGCAACCAAGAGGGCACUGGCUGAGGGCCGCAAGGCCGCCCAGGCCCUGGCUAAAAUUCUGUGCCGCUGGUUUCUCAGGAGAACCAAAGCACUCAUUAGUGACCAGUUACCAAAGAAAGAUGACAGGGUGGUGUACUGUUCCAUGACGGAUUUCCAGCAGGCAGUAUACCGUGCUGUACUGGACACAGAUGAUGUGAAGUUGCUGUUGCAGAGCUCCGAGAAGUGUCCAUGCAGCAGCAGACGCUCCAGGAAAAAGUGCUGCUACAAGCUCAAUUCAGACGGUGUUCCUGUCAGACGCAUGUACUUCACUUAUCUGGCUAUCCUGAGGAAGGUUGCCAAUCAUGUAGCCCUGCUGCAGUGUAAAGAAGGAACCAGUAAACAACAGGAGAAAUAUGUCACUGCUAUCUGUGAACAAGUCUUCAAGAAGUUUCCAGACUUCACAGAAAAAUGCAAGCAAGCUGCAUUUGAGGCCAUGUCAAACCCCAUCUACAGUGGAAAAAUGAAGAUCUUGCAAAGGCUGCUUGGUCACUUCAACACAAGGAAAGACAAAGUUCUCCUUUUUUCACUUUCUACAAAGCUCCUGGAUGUUUUGGAGAGCUAUUGCAUGGCUGAGGGUCUGGAGUACCGUAGGCUGGAUGGAAACACCAAGUCGAAAGAUCGCAUCCACAUUGUCAAGGAAUUCAACCGUGCCUGUGAUAUUAACUUGUGCCUUGUGUCUACCAUGGCUGGUGGUCUUGGACUCAAUUUUAUUGGGGCUAAUGUUGUUAUCCUGUUUGAUCCAACAUGGAAUCCAACAAAUGACCUUCAGGCUAUCGACAGAGCAUAUCGCAUUGGACAGUGUAAGGAUGUGAAAGUUUUUCGGCUCAUCUCUCUGGGCACAGUAGAGGAGAUCAUCUAUUUGCGCCAGGUUUACAAACAGCAAUUGCAGUCCUCAGUGAUUGGAAAUGAAAAUGCAAGACGCUACUUUGAGGCAGUGCAAGGUGUUGAUGGCCAAACAGGAGAGUUAUUUGGGAUCAGAAACCUCUUCCGUCUCCAGACUGAUGGAACUUGUCUUACACGCCACAUCCUGGAAAGGGAGGGCCAUGUUGAGGCGGGGAUCAUGACAGCCAGCACACAGGCAACAGAUGAGAGGGUGCAAGAGCUGCAGGAACCAGUGUUUGUAUCAGCAGAUACCUCUGCACAACAGGAAAAUGAACCAGCAGCAGCAUAUGGUACCCGUGCCUGGCUCCCUAAUGCAGACGUCCUGGACUUUAGCAGCGCUAGUGAGGAUGAGGAUCCAUGCAGCUCCAGACCAAAAGCCACAUACCCAAAUGCAAGAGAGGAGUUUGGACCCAGCACCAGCUCUGCUGCAAAUAUGGAUCUAUCUGCUCUGCUGAUGAAGCAUAUGACUAGUGGGAUCCAAAGGAGCUCAGAGAGCAGUGAGGACAGCCAGUCUGAUACAGACUCAAAGGACUUGAACCUAGAGGUGGCCAAGAUAGCGAAGGGAAAAACAGAAUGUUUCCUAUCUAGUGACUCAGAUGAAGAAAAGACUGAAGCUCCAGCCAUAAGCCCUCAUGGAUCUCCAGUAAAAAUGGCCUGUGACCAUCUUUUCAUAGAAGACAUUCUUCACCACCACAAUACUAAAGCACAACAGAGAGAUAGAGACAGUUCUAAUAGGGAACAGAGGAUGGAUUGGGCAGAAUUGGCAGUACAGAGACGGAGAUGUACUGAGGAGGUUGAGAGUUGUGACUCCUCAGAAGAUGAAGCUCCAGUGAGAAGGGUGACCUUUAAGAAAAGUCUUCGACACCCCUUGAGUGCACAGAAUUCAGCUCAAAAAUCGGUUCAGUUUACAGGUUUAAAAUGUCCAACCAUGCAUUCCAGAAAGCCACAAAUCAUAGAGGGCACCGGCACCAUAGACACAUUAUUAGGUGGGCUUCAGGAAGUGAGUUACACACACUCCAAUCAGAAAGUGGUCGGGUCAAGCAGGGCAGAGAACCACCUAAGUCGUGCUGCAGUACAGGAUGUGUUUGAACUGAACAAGCAUUCACAGCUCCCAGCAAACUACCUCCAUGACGUAUCUCAAACCCAAUCUGGAAUCCCCCAGUUAUCUAAGCCCAUAAACGGUAGAGAGGAAGAUAUGCCAGAAGGUCAUGAUAAGACUUGUCUGAAACCUCAGGUCACCCACACCAUAGAAACUUUCCUCCAUACCAAAAGUGCAGCCAUUAGUGUUGGCGAGACUCCAGUUGCUGUCCGCAGGCAACAGCUGGAAGAAAUGGCAAAGUUCUUCAGAGUGAAGUCUGUGCAAGAGUUUGCAGAAGAGCUUGUGAAGAGCAGCUCAGCACAGCGACUGAGCAAGCUAUGCGAGUUCUAUAGCCACAGAAACCCUGAGCUUACUGACAUUAUCCAAAACACCUUCCCUAAACCUGUCCCUGAGCUGAAACCGAGUAUUUCACCUGUCACUGCUGCAUGCAGUAUGUCUGGACAAAAGCCUUCCUCAAAAAGAACCCUCUUAAACUCAGUUCACAUACCUCACCAUGAAGCAGAAACAGGAAAUUCACAAAAGAAGAGAAGAACGAAGGUACAAAGUGGUAAAGAUCUCCAUCAUCACUGUGUUGGUCAGACUGAGCUUAAAAAUAACUCCUUGUCUUUGCCAGACUCAGGACGAAAUCCAAGAGAGAAAUCUUUUAGAAAUUCUACAAACAUUUAUCCCCACUCCCAAAAAAACACUAAUACAUGCAAUUCUUCCACUACGGAAUUGUCACUUUUCUCUAGAGAUGACCAAGCAGACAAAAACUCAAACACAACCCUUAUAAGUGACCUCAUAGGUGACACCUCCAUUCUAGAUGACCUCUUCAAGCAAAAGAGAAGUGCAGACCGGCCAAAGCCAGCAAAAACACCCAUCCCUUCACUCACUGAGAGGACAAAGAACAGGGGUAAAGACUUCUGGGACAUUUUGAAUGAGGGGAACGAGGAGAGCAUCAAUAAACUAACAGAUCUUUCUCAGGUAGAGAAGCUGUGCAGGACUGUUAAUGUGUAUACAAAGUCCAAAAGUGAAAGCCAACUUGAAAGCUCUCAACUCUGGAAGAAGAAUGAGAAAUUCCUUUGGAAAAGAUAGAAGCUAGAAGUGUUUUAGUGAAAUUACAAACAAUGGUUUACAGAAUAUUUUCAUUUUUGCACUGUAAAAUUUUAUUUAAUUGCAUUUGGUUUUAUUUGAUUUAAUUAUUUUAGAACUGUUACUAGUGUUUUAACUGAUGUCUUAACAUUUUACCUGGUUUUCUAAAUCAUUGCUGUUAAUAUGUGAGAAUACACUACAGCCCAUUUGAAUGGUCUGAAAGACUUGUUUCUGUCUCUCUUCUCAUUCUGGAUUUAUAUUACAAGCCUCUGUAAUUGUUAUAUUGCUAUUCAAACACAAGUGUGAUCAAAACAUGCACCCUAUGUGAUCCCCAAGUCUCAAAGAAAGGUUUUUUUUGUGUGUAGUUGGUUUAACUCUCUGCUUAUUGUUUUACUUUUUUAAGCACUGUUUAGCUUUUGAUGCUUUUCUCUUGGCACAUAAUAGCCUUUUUAACGUAUCCGCAUAUAACCUUCACUUUAGUAGAAGAUGCCCACAAAGUCAUGGUAGCGUGAAUAGUGUAUUAAGUGUCAAAGCAGUAAUGUGUUUGUCGUACCGUAGAUGGAUUCUCAUCUAUACAUGCACAGACCCCCAUUUGAACAGCCUAAAUAAUGAUCAUUAAUAACUGAUGACUAAUAUGUGAAUCAAACCUCCCUCCAUAACACCACACACCCCACCACAGCCAAUGUAAAAAGCUUAUUAAAAAUGGCAGGCAGCCAUGUGGAUCUUUCAGUGUGGCUCUGGUCCAGCCUGACUGAA